AUGGAAGUGAUUGAGGAGCUCGCCUAUAAUGAUGGAGGAUGGAGUAAUGAGAGGAGUAAGGUGCAUAGGGUGGCUUCCACUACAGAUCAUGAUCCAAUAAGCACCUUAUCCGACAAGUUGGAUGCUAUUACAAUGAGAUUUGACUGCAUGGCGAUGGGGCAGCCCUCUCAAGGACCCCAAAGAGGUGUAGAAGAUAUGAACUACGUGCAACAAGGGGGCAACAACAGGUACUAUAAUAACUCCCGCCCCAACUAUCAGGGUGGAGGUUAUAAUCAGUACGGGAACAUGGGGCAUCCCAACCUCUCUUAUGGGAACCCCAAUAAUACUCUGCAACGACCUCAGGGGUUCACAGUUACUGAUGGAAUGGUUAAUGAUCAAAAUAAGAUGACCACAGAGGACAUACUCAAGUCCUUCAUGAUUCAGACUAACAAGGUCAUGGAACAGAACAACCAAAGGAUGGAGAAAGUUGAAUCAGACGUGCAAGGAAUGGCCACUCAUCUGAAGAAUAUUGACAUACAAAUCAGCCAGAUUUCCCAAACUGUGAGUGCUAAUACUCAAUCGGGAAAGUUUCCAUCAAAUACUAUCAUCAAUCCCAAGGACUGCAAAGCUAUACAUCUGAGGAGUGGAACAAGCUAUGAGGGACCUCCAAUGCCAUCCGAAAAUGAGGAUAGAGUAGCAGAAAAGAGAGCUGAAGAGAAGGAAUUGGUCGAAGAAAAUGAUACUGUUCCAGCUGAAGUGAGGAUCCCUUAUCCUCAACGUGUUCAGAAGAAGAAGACAGAUGCUCAGUUUUCAAGGUUCUUAGACAUCUUUAGGAAGGUUAACUUGAAUAUUCCAUUGGUGGAGGCACUUCAAGAAAUGCCUACAUAUGCAAAGUUCCUAAAAGAUGUGCUCUCCAAGAAGAAGAGGUGGUCUGACUAUGAGACGGUGAACAUAUCUGAAAACUGUAGUGCCAUAAUUCAGAAAAAGCUACAGGCCAAGCUUAAAGAUCCUGACAGUUUCAAUAUCUCAUGCGUCAUUGGAAAUGACAAACAGACAAAGGCACUUUGUGAUCUGGGGGCGAGCAUAAAUUUGAUGCCAUUAUCGUUUUUCAGAAAGAUGAAGAUCAGCACUCUCAAGCCGACAACAAUCACACUGCAGAUGGCAGAUAGAACCGUCACCUAUCCUAAAGGAAUUGUUGAGGACGUUCUUGUGAUGGUACACGACUUCAUAUUUUCCGUCGAUUUUGUAGUGUUGGAUAUGGAAGAAGACGUGAAUGUACCGCUUAUCCUGGGGUGUCCAUUCCUUGCAACGGGAAAAGCAUUGAUAGAUAUAGCAAAGGGAGAGCUCACUCUUCAUAUGGGCAACAAACGCCACAUCUUAUCUAUCUACAAUGCUAUGAAGAGUCGUGAGGAAGAGGAACUUGUUAUGAAGAAGGAGUGCAAAGCUGUGCAUGUUGUAGAAGUCCAAAAGGCAUAA